AUGGUUGUAAUAAAUAUAAUAUUCAAAUUAAUUUUAUCAAUUUUAUUUUCUUCAAAAUUUUCAAUAAAAGAUUUGUCAAAAUUAAAUAAAAUAACAAUUCAUUUUGGCUCUUCAAUAAUUAUGUUAAUUCUAUUUUACUUUAAUUGGCUAUUUACAAAUAAAAAUAAUGAAUUAAUUAGUAAAUGGGAUAGAUAUUUUGGGGCUUUAUUUUGUUUAUUGUUGUCUGUUGCUACCUUCAAAAUUUUUCGAAAAAAUCUCCCAUUUCUUCUGUGUGAUUCUCCUGAAGGAAUUGAUGCUAACGAGUUAAAAAAAGAAAUUGAAAAAGAGUUUAAGCAAAUUGAAUGUCGUCAAUUACAUAUUUAUCGAAAAUGGCCAAGCAAAACAAGCUUUGAAGCAUUUGUGCAUAUCCAAAUAAUUGAUUGUUCGUUUAUGAGAGGAAAUGAAGCAAAAAUAAAAACUGAAGCAAAAGUCGAAAAUGAAGCAGAAAAUGAAGCAAAAUCGGAAAUUGAAGCAAAAUCGGAAAUUGAAGCAAAACUUGAAGCAGGAUCAGAACGUGAAGCAGAAGCAAAAAGUGAAACUGAAGCAAAAAUGGAAACUGAAGCAGAAGCAAAAGUUGAAACAAAAUCACACUCUGAAGCAAAAUAUAAAACUGAAGCAAAUUUUCAAAUUGAAGCAGAAAUAGCUGAAAGGCAUAAAGAAAAUCACGUAUUAAAAAUAAUGAGUUCAUUAACCGAAUUUUUAUACAAAAGAGGGGCCUUAAAAGUUAAUAUACAACCUUUAAUUAAUUCUAAUAUUUUAUAG